AUGGCAAAGUCUAGAGCAAAUGGCAAGACAAAGAGUGGAAUUGUAAAGCUUAAGACAGCAAUAGAAAAGCUACAAAAAAGUCUACUGUCAAGCAAGAAAUCUCCCUCGGAACAAGUUGAUGUUUACGAAGAAAACUCCGAGUCUUUAAACGUGCCAAACGAUGUUAAGGAAGGACAUUUUGCAGUGAUUGCAGUGGAUGAAAAUGAACUGAAAAGAUUCAUAAUUCCACUUACUUUCUUAACACAUCCAUCAUUCUUGAGACUUUUAGAACAAGCUGCUGAAGAAUAUGGCUUUGAUCAUGAGGGUGCAUUGACAAUUCCUUGCAGGCCAAGCAAGCUUGAGCAAAUAUUGGCUGAGCAAUGGGGGGAGGAAAGGGGAUCUUAUUGGUACUGUUAA